GCUGGCGUGCUGGACAAUACGUGUUCCUCUCGCGUUACGCCGCCGUCAGAUGAUCCUUUUGACACCCUCACCUCAGACUCCCUCGCGCUGUCCACCGUUUCACGUGACCAAGUCUCCUCAAGAGUUCGUCGGACACGGGCCUUAGUGAAAGUCGUUGAAGAGUUCUACUAGUACCACUUUUAUCUGACUAGUAAAAGUCCGUAUAGCACCGUAUAAUACCUUGUAAUCCGGUUAGAAGUACCCCUCAGUAUCGCUGGUGUAGCGCACGUCACAGUAGCCUUCUGAGCCACCGUGACCGAGAUGAAGCCGUCGAAUUAUCAUGAUAGAGGCAGGCAGUUCAAGCUGCGUACAACGAACCCUGGAGCGGCUGCUGCUGCCGCCGCAUGUGCGACUGAUGAUCAUGAUAAUCUCACCUCGGCCGCGAAUCGCGCUACUACCUCGCACACUACAUGUACUUGUACUAAUUCAAGUACUAAUAGCAGUAGCACGGGCCGCAGAGGGCCUGGGGGAGGCGAGUACCUCCGUCUCGGAGUGGACUCGGGUGGCGACACGCAGAAGAAGCACGACUCGGAGUCACAUCAUCAUCACAUGACGAGCUUUGAAACAACUACUAGAAGUAGUAAUAGUAGUACCCAAGGAAGGGGUCGGCUCUUCUGCCUCCGCCGUGCAGCGAGGCCGGUGGAAGCGCCGGUCUCAACGGCAGCAGCAGUACCACCUUUAGGGGAGCAAGCGAAGACUCUAGCCCCGUUUGGUGUAAACGCAGCGCGGUCUACUAUGAGUAGUAGGAAUUCCGAUGCAGAAACAGGCGCUGGCGGUUCCAAGAACGACCGCCACAAGAAUGAGGCGCAGCUACUAGCUGUAGAUAAGCCAGCGAGGGGCGGCAACGCUCCUACUAAUAGUGGUACUAGUAGUAGCAGUAAGCCCGAAGGUGGUGCAGGGGCACGCUAUUGGCGGGUGCUGGGGCUGGGGAAACCAGCCGCAGUCCACAAUAUGACGCGUCAGAUAGCAGCAGCACAUGUGACAGGGGGAGGAAGAGCGGCCUUCGCGGCACGCGCUGCAGACGCGGGAGCAGCAGGAGCAGAGACGGGAGCCGGCAGGACCAUGGCAGCAAGAGCAGCAGGAGUAGCAGGAGCAGCAGGAGCAGCCACCCUAGGGACAUCUUCUGCUGCUGGCGAGCCUCUCUCCGACUGCAACUUGCAGUCAGCAGAGCCAUUGAAACAACGCGCGGAGGCAGCAGUGCUGCCAGCUGCACGUGCUGUGAGGCCUGUAGACAGACUCCAAAAUCCAGCCCGCUCCAAACAACGAGGGGCGACAGAACACCGAUUAGCAGCCAGAAUAGCCCCAGCCGUUCCUGCAUCAGCUCGAGGAGUCGCAGCAGCUGCGGCAGGUGUGGGAGCAAGAGGUCCUGCCAUGCGCCAGUUGCCAAUUCAGAUGCAGAGGCAGGGGCAAGGGCAGAGGCGGAUGCAGGGGCAGGUGUGCGCGCAGUACUCGCUGGCGGAGGUGGUGCGGGCGACGAGCGAGUGGGCAGAGAGCAGGCGCAUUGGGGGGGGCAGCUUCGGGGAUGUGUACAAGGGCGAGUGCCCCCACAACCCCUCCCUCAUCUGGGCCGUCAAGCGCGCCAAGAUCCUCACCAACGACUUCAAGUGCGAGGUGAACGAGAUGGCGACAAAGAACCACCCGAACCUGGUGCGGCUGGUGGGCUACUGCCUGGACUUCAUUCCUGUGACUGAGAGGAUGGAGCAGAUCGUCAUCUACGAGUUCAUGCCCAAUGACGACCUCGAGCGAUGGAUCGGACCCUCCGUGGCACAUCCCCUGUCGAUCCAGCAGCGGCUAGAGAUUCUCAUUGGUGUGGCCCGUGGCUUGGAGUACCUUCAUGAGUUUGGCAUUGUGCAUCGCGACAUCAAGCCUGCCAACAUCCUCCUUGAUGACAAAAUGAAGGCUAAGGUUGCUGAUUUUGGAUUGGUGAGACAUGGGGAGGGCACAACAGUAGGAGCCACACGAGUGAUGGGAACCCCGGGUUACGUGGACCCAGCCUACUACAAGUCACAAAAGGCCACUCCCUUAGCUGAUGUGCACAGCUUUGGAGUGGUGAUGCUGACAGUGCUAACAGCACGGAAAGCCAUCUGCAACAUAGAGUCAGACCAGGUCAACCUCAAGACGUGGGCGGCUGCUCUCGUCGCAUCUAAUAACGUGGCAGCAUUCAAGGACCCUCACCUAGAAGCACCUGAUAGCAUGGUGUUGAGAAUGGCUCGCCUUACCAUUUGUUGCACUGCCUAGCCGACUGUGUGCCGCCCCUCCAUGAGCCGAGUGCUGGCAGAUCUGGUGGUCAUCAAGGAUGAGUUUCUGGGUGUCGAGACCAACAGGAUGGCAGAGCGCAUUGACAGAGAACUAGACGACUCGAUGCCGCAAGACUUUGAUGGGGAGCUAGCCCGCAUUGCAAGCAUGAAGUCCCAUAGUGGAAUGUAAUGUUGUCGAUGACUUCAUUUCUUGUAGUUUUUUACUAAAAAGUUCCUUAUCGG